AUGCCCAUGCUACUCCGCCGCAACCUGACUUGCUUCUACUGCGGCGCAAAGUCUGAGCUGAAGCGAAGCCCGCAGAUACGCCAGUUUGACUGCAAGGAGUGCGAAGCCACCAACUAUCUGGACGAGAAUGGCGAGAUAACAGAUCCCCCGGUCGCCGAGUCCACACAGCCUGCAAGAUUCGCCCACUAUGUUCCUGCCCGCUCACCGUCUCCAAAUCUAUCUGCGCCGGACCACAGCCUCUUCUGCGCAACCUGCCUGAAGAACCAGCAUCUUCUCACCCAGACUCUGGCAGCCUAUCUACCACCGCCCUCUGAUCCCAACUAUAAGGCCUUCGAGCUCUCCUAUCCUGAAUACCGCCGCAACCUUGAACGCCGCUACCCCCAAGUCUGCGCCGACUGUGCCCCACGUGUGCGCGAGCGCAUCAACGCUGCCGGAUAUGCUGCUAAGACGGACUACCUGAAGCGCCUGUUAGACCGUCCGCGGCGGGAGACUGACAAGAGGUACUGGACAGGCCCUACGUGGCAGAGCAUCUUCGUAUACUGGGCCGGCUGGUUUUGGUGGAUCAGCAUUGUCAUCCAUUUUCUUUGGAGUCUUCUGGGCGCAUACGCCAUAAAGGGCAGGCUCGGCGCCGGAAGAGACGCGCAGUAUGCCCAAAAUGUAGUCGUUUGCGCCAAGCAGGCUUGGAAGUACGAUAUGGUUCAGUCGGAUUGCCUGACGACUUUCGCCGGGGAAAUGAGGUUUUCUCUGGUAUCCAUGGCGGCGACAUUCUGGUGGAACAACAAAUUGCACGCGAAGAUGAAGGGAUGGACCGGUGGCAGACUUCUGGGACUAAGGGAUCACCUCUUGGUGCAGGUGUUGGUAAUAGCUCUGAGGGCGGGGAGCUACUGGCUUUUACGUGAUCCUACCGCCACUCGACUUCCCAUGCAAGCUUACAGGGGCGCACACGCCUUUAUUGCAUGCGUCCUUUUUGCCUCGACUAUCUACUCUUCUGUCGUUGUAAAGGUGGACCGAACGCCCCUGUUUCCCAAGAAGAAAGAGGAGGAAGUCCCUUUGGUGGAGGAGCCGCUGGAAGAAAGCCCUCAGAAACCCAAUCCUCUCUACAAUUCUGCUCAAAGACAGGCCUUCCAAACCCAAUCACCAGCAUACGUCAAACCAUUUCCGAUCAACAACCUUGCACAGCCCCUCAGGAUGCCUGAAGAGCCUCCUUCUCCCACUCCGUCAUUCUCGACGCGCUACACAGCUUUCACUACCGAAGCCACGACACGCCCUUAUGACGAAGACGAAGAUACGAUGGAAUGGACCCCCACUCGUCCCUCCCAGACAACAUACUACGACCUCCGGCCUCGAAACAACCCCAUAGCCCAGCGACAAUCGCAACAACUGCAACAGCUCAUGAACUCUUCCAGAAACGAGCCUUCUCCUUUCCGCGGAACCCUCCCCCCUGCGCCCAUCGCCCCCGCUCACAAGCUCCGCAACCCGCCAAACCAACCCACGUUCAGGAAAACCCCGCUCACCAAACAGAAGGACUUCUUCUCCAAGAUCAUGGGUUCGACGGCCAGCGCAACGACCAACGCCAGCCCAGUCAAGCGACAGGGCAACCGGAUCUACUACGACGACGGCACCUCGAUCGCCGAGACGGACGUGGACCCGCGCUUCGCCAACAUGACGCCCCAGCAGCUGCAAAGGCACCGCAUCGACAUGGAGUUCGCCGAACCCAAGCUCAACCUGCCGCCGCCGAACGCCGUCGACACGGGGCUGGAGGCCAUGUUCGACACCGUCUUCAGCAUCCGCGACGAGCCGGAGGAGGUGCAGCGCCAGCGCGCCGAGGAGCGCGAGCAGGGCAAGGGCGGCAUCGUCGACGAGUUUUGGGACACCCCGACGCCGCCGUGGGUCGCGGGACUGCUGUCUGUUGCGUUUGCGGCGCCGUUCGCGUGGAUGGGCGUCCGCUGGGCGUGGGGUUGGGUGAAGGGAAUGAUUUUUGGUGGUGUCGGGGAGGGAGUUGUUGCGUGA